AUGGCUAAGAGAACAUUGGGAUUGGCUAAAGCUGCUAAAGCUAAAAAGCAAAAGAGAGAAGAAAAAUCCGAAAGUCCAGAAAAGGAUUCUGGUAAUGAAGAAGAACAAUUAACUGUUGAAUUACCAGAAGGUGCAACUGAUGAAAUUUCUCAAUUGAUUGGAUUACAUCAAACAUAUUUACAAUCUGAAAGAGAUAAUGAAUUACUUGUCAAUGGUAUUAUUCAUGAAUGUGAUAGAUUAUUACGUAGUAAUGAAGAUGGAAAAGAAGAAUUACCAGCUAUUUUCCAUAGUAUUUAUGCUACUGCAUUAGCUGAAUUGAGUAAAUUCGUUGAAGAAGAAGAAGAAGAAGAAAAAAAAGAAAAGGAAGAACAAGAAUCAGAUAAGAAAAUUAAAGAAUUUUUUGAUGCUGCUUUGGAAAGAAUUGAAAUUGGGUUAGAAAAACAUCCAAAUGAUGUUAAUUUAUUAAUUGCAAAAAGUAAAAUUUUAAUUGAUCAAAUUGUUUUACAAUAUAUUUCUCCAUUAAGUGUUGAUUCAAAAAAGAAAGAAAUUGAAGUUGAAGUUGAAAAAUUAUUGGAUACUGCUUUGGAAAUUUAUGAAUUGGCAGAAGUUAAAGCUAAUGAAUCUAAAAAUUAUGAAGUUUUCAAUGAUUUAGAAACUUUGGAUAUCUUACAAGCUUUGGAUGAUUUGUUGGAUAUUGUUGAUAACUUUGGUAAGAACAAUUUGGAAGAAGAAGAAGAAGAUGAAGAUGAAGAGACCGAAAAGGACAAUGGUGAUGAUGAAGACGAAGUUGAAAUUGAAUUGACUGAAGAUCACCCAUUAUAUGUCAUUAAAACUUCUGACAAAUACAAUCAAUGGUGGAGAGAUCAUACCCAUACUUAUUUAGACAACUUAAAGAAAUUGGAUAGUAAAGAUGUUUUACCAGAAGUUUUAAGAGAAGUUAAUCAUAGAUUAGGUCAAUCUUAUUUACAAGAAUCUGAAAUUCCAACUACUGUUUUUACUACUUUGAAAUAUGACGAUGAAUAUGAUGGUGCCAAAGAAUUAGAAGGUUUGACUGUUGAAGAAGCCCAAAAGAUUUCUCAAGAUUUGAUUUCAAAAGCUUUAAAAUAUUUGAAAGGUGCUAAAGAUGAAGAAGAUCCAGAAACUUGGGUUGAUAUUGCUGAAGCCAUGAUUACUUUAGGUAACUUGCAUGACAUUGACAGUAAAGAACAAGAAGAUUUAUACAAAGAAGCUGAAGAGAUUUUGAAAAAGGCAAACAAUGCAACUAAUGGUAAAUUCAAGGAUAUUUUAGAAAACCUCUUGGAAAACUAG